CCCACGCUCCUAGAAAAGAGCAUGAUGCACCCGAUGCUCGGAUUGGAUGAAGUGACAAAGGUAGCCCCGCUGGUUCGGGCGUUUGGCUGUUCCUGUGUCUUGACUCCCGCUUUGGAAAUAGAGCUUUAAUCCCUGGAAGUCCAUGAACAAUGAAUCCAUUUCACUCAUCUUGUUGGAACACCUCUGCCGAACUUUCAAACAAAUCCUGGAAUAAAGAGUUUGCUUAUCAAACUGCCAGUGUUGUAGAUACAGUCAUCCUCCCUUCCAUGAUUGGGAUUAUCUGUUCAACAGGGCUGGUUGGCAACAUCCUCAUCGUAUUCACUAUAAUAAGGUCCAGAAAAAAAACAGUCCCUGACAUCUAUAUCUGCAACCUGGCUGUGGCUGAUUUGGUCCACAUCAUUGGAAUGCCUUUUCUUAUUCACCAGUGGGCCCGAGGGGGAGAGUGGGUAUUUGGGGGGCCUCUCUGCACCAUCAUCACAUCCCUGGAUACUUGUAACCAAUUUGCCUGUAGUGCCAUCAUGACUGUAAUGAGUGUGGACAGGUACUUUGCCCUCGUCCAACCAUUUCGACUGACAAGUUGGAGAACAAGGUACAAGACCAUCCGAAUCAAUUUGGGCGUUUGGGCAGCUUCCUUUAUCCUGGCAUUGCCUGUCUGGAUCUACUCGAAGGUCAUCAAAUUUAAAGACGGUGUCGAGAGUUGUGCUUUUGAUUUGACAUCCCCUGACGAUGUACUCUGUUGCAAUCCCAGCGUACCAAAACAGAGAGUGAUGAAGUUGACAAAGAUGGUGCUGGUGCUAGUGGCAGUCUUUAUCCUAAGUGCUGCCCCUUAUCAUGUGAUACAACUGGUGAACUUACAGAUGGAACAGCCCACACUGGCCUUCUAUGUGGGUUAUUACCUCUCCAUCUGUCUCAGCUAUGCCAGCAGCAGCAUUAACCCUUUUCUCUACAUCCUGCUGAGUGGAAAUUUCCAGAAACGUCUGCCUCAAAUCCAAAGGAGAGUGACUGACAAGGAAAUCAAAAAUAUGGGAAACACUCUGAAAUCACACUUUUAGGAAAGUACAUGGAUCACCAUGAGUCUAGACAUGAUUAUCUUACUGGUAUUAUUAGAAAGGGCAGGUGUACCGAUAUGUUUAUGCCCAUUUUUCUUGUGUACUUGUGACUCUUAGCAGCAUGGAACAGAAGUGUAACUAUGCAAAUGCAAUGAGUUUAAUAUGCUAACUUUAGCAAGCUGUAAAAUGUUAAUCUAUAUUGUGGGUAGGGAAUGGGAUAGUCUAAGAUACCCAAGCUUCAUGAUGGCGUAUAUUAUUCCAGCAUGUUAUAAACUAGUCACUAAUGCAAAUGGCCAUCCAUGACCAUUGACUCAAAACUCACCAAGGAACCUGACCUUGCCCUCCACACUGUGGCCUCACUGUAACAGUUUCCUCAAGGUUCCUAGGAGGGUAUCACUUCACAGUGAAGUCUGAAAUUUGGCUAUUUUUUAUCUACAAAUAUGUUGGUUUUAUAUGGUCCAAUCUAAUACCUUCAACAACUAAGCCCUACCUUUCAGAAUAACAGUUACCAUUUAUUGCACACAUGCAAUGUGUAAGAUUACAUGUAACAAACCUGUGAAAUAAGUAUUAUUACCUUUGUUUACUACGGCUCAGGAAGGAGAUAUGCUAGGCCUAAUGCUGCAACAGCUAUCUAAGAGCCAGGCUAAUAAUGUUCAGCUCUGCCUGUUUCUUUUCUACUGCACCAUCUUGGCAACCUUUACUUAUUAUACUGGAGAACUCAGUAACUUGGAGUUUCUUUUGCUUUCUCCUAUAGCCCUGCAAGGGGAGAACUAAAGUCUGAUAGAAACGAGUUGAUGUUUAAGCAUCCUUUUGGAUUACCUUUGUUCUCACACCUGCAAACUGUAGAAACUGGUAUCUGCACUUUAAUAAUAAUACUUUACUUCUGGACUUUAAGCUUCAUUAAGAAACAUUCCUGGCCGGGCUCAGUGGCUCAUGCCGGUAAUCCUAGCACUUCAGGAGGUGGAGGCGGGUGGAUCACAAGGUCGGGAG